AUGACAUCAACAACAUCCUCACCACCAAUCACGGAGCUCAGGCCACUGCACUGUCUCCAACCUGAAGCUUCUCGGCAAGGAGCAUCACCAUCGACGCCAGAACUGGCUCAAUGGCAAAGUGCACUCUCACCUAGACCUGACGAGGAGACCUGCAUCAAGGCUUUUGUUAGGCUCGUCUCCCGCAUCGUGGUGUUGCAGGAUGGAGAGGCAUACUGCAUCCAAAAACGGACCAGCACUCACGGGAGUGGCUUCAUCCUUGCGCAUGCAGGCCAAGACGAGUUCAGCUUCGUCGAAUACCACCAUGCCUCGGGUGAGGUUCCGACCGACUUCUCCAUUGGAGACGGCAGUCUUAUCGAAGCUCCAAAACUGCAUUUUGACGUACCGAACGUACGUCUAAGCGCACCACCCGGUCUCGUACCUGCAGCAGCGCUUGAAGCCCUUGGUUGCAUGCUGGACGAUCUCAUCCGGAGUCUGCAGCAAGGUGGAGGCCAGACCGAGGGCACGCAAUGGACAAGGCCUUCUGUGCUCAACUUCCCACCAAAAUCCAGGCCCGUUCCUCUUCUUCCGUCUUCUCAGGAGCCAGCGGAGAAGCAGAAUGAGCAGGCAUUUCUUCACAGGUGGUUUGAACAGCGCGUGGAUGAACAGCCUGAUAGAACAGCCGUCGACUUCCUCUUAGAUCUUGGGAGCGGCGAGAGGAGGCAACUGACCUACCAGCAGCUGGAAAAUGCUGCGAAUGCGCUGGCGAGAGAGCUCGUGCGUGCACAAGGUGCACACGCUGCAAGCGAUGCGUCCAACAUCAAGACCGUUGCGGUCAUGAUGGGACCCAGCCCAGAGCUCUACACGAGCUACCUGGCAACUCUCAAAGCCGGCAUGGCCUUUUGUCCUAUCCCCGUGGACGCCCCAGAGGAGAGAGUGCAUGCACUGAUGGCAGACCUCAAGCCCACGGCUCUCCUCGAGGCCGCAUCAUCACCCGCGGCUGUGACGGGCAACACACCAUUGAUUAAUGUGAGCUCCUAUCUUGCCACAUGUGACGAGAAAGUGGAAAGGCUGGGAGAGGAGGGCCGUUCGUCCGCGACAGAGAAUGAUGUCGCCUACAUCCUGUACACCUCAGGAACCACCGGUACGCCCAAGGGCGUGGCCGUUUCCCACCUCUCGGUAGCCUGCACCAUCUCUGCCCUGAGCGCCCAUUACGGCUUCAUUCCCUCUCAAGCUCAGUCAACCCCAGGGAGCAAACCUACGAGAUGGUUCCAAGGUGCCGCGCCAACCUUUGACAUCUCCCUCUUCGAAAUUUUCUGGACGCUCAGCAUCGGCUCUACGCUCUGCUGCGCUCCUCGGCAUCUUACGCUGCAGGACAUCAAUAAGGUUGUCACUACGCUAAACGCCGACAUUACCAACAUCACGCCCAGUUUCGCCACCCUGCUUGAUUCAUCGUCCAUCCGCGGGCUGAUGCUCGGCGGAGAGACGCUUAAUGCGCGCGUGGUGCACGACUUUGCUCAGCACAACCCCGCUUCUCACGACGAAGGUGUGUCGGGCAUCAGUGGUCUAUACAACGGCUACGGCCCCACAGAGACAGCCAUCUACUGUAUCGCACAGGCGCAUGUACCCGAUGGUCAAAGAGGGUCUGUGAUCGGCUCGCCUCUCGAGACUUGCGGUGUCCUCAUCGUGGACGAGGAGUCCACCAAGCCCGUGCCCAUGGGCGCCACCGGAGAGCUUCUCAUCACCGGUCCACAGGUGAGCAGGAUCGGCUACCUGAACAGGCCAGAAGAGACCUCGAAAGCCUUCAUCAACGAUGAUGACGCAGCCGGUUGGGGCAGGGCAUACAGGACCGGUGACCGGGCCCGCAUAGUCUGGGAUGCUUCGGGCAGGCCCAUCGUCGAGUUCCUGGGCAGAAUUUCCGAUGACCAAGUCAAGCUCAGCGGUAGGCGCGUGGAGCUCGGUGAAAUCGAGAGCGUGCUGAUGUCGAAGGUCGAGACCGUCCGGGAGACAAUCUCUUGUGUCUGGAAGCCCGAGAACUCUGCACCCGGCUCAGAGAGGGUCGUUAACCUCGUCAUCACCACACCGGGAUCGAACUUCGAGGACGAUGUCCUCAGAAGGUGCAAUGAGGCAGCGGAGAGGCAUCUUCCCGAUUACAUGAGACCUUUCAAGAUCAUCCAUGCCGAGUCUCUCCCGCGUACCGCGUCCGGUAAAGUCGACCGCAAAGCGGCUUCGGCACACGUGCGAGAAGUCCUGAAGGAUUUGCAGCCGAAGCUUUCGACUCACGACGCUUCAGAAACACUUGAGCCCCUGUCAGACGAUGACGCCCAACUGGAAGAACAGUUGCUGUCCAUCGUGGCAGACAUCCUGGGCGGGAGCCAAAUAUCGGCUGCUACGCCUCUCGCAGACGCUGGAGUGGACAGUCUGCGCGCCAUGAGACUGUUGCGGGAGAUCAGGAAGCGGUGGCCUGAAUCAUCCAGGAGGAAUCUGCAACCAUCAUUAGCACUCCUUCUGGACAGCAAAGCCACCAUCCGUUCUGUUUUCUUCCCCUCGCCUUCAACGCAGACAUCGUCAGGCGGUACAGGUGGUGCUGCGGAGGAGAGGACACGUGCCAGGCUCGCUCAGUUCUCUGCUGACCAUCUCCCCGAGGUCCUCGACAAACUCGAUGUCGCCAGUGAGGCUGAUAUCGAGACGGUCCUACCAGCAACCACUCAACAGAGCCAGCUGGCAGUAAGCUUCGCAAUGGACAGGACCAGGUACAUCAGCCACACGGUCCUGAGACUCAAGCCAGACGUCUCAGCUCCAGCGCUUAAGAAAGCCGUCGAGGUGGUCUUGUUGGAGCAGGCCAUCUACCGGUCCGCUCUGCUGCCAUGUGACGAUUCCCUAUCACCAUUUGCUCAGGCCAUCCUGACACCAGAGGCGUGGCGUAGGCCAAAGAGCACUGACGGCGACGCUCCACAAGUGAUUCACCGAAAAGCGAGUGGGCCGCUCUCUGUAGAUAAUGCCCAGGCAUGGGUCGCUCUGGCCGAAGAGAACAUCAGCCUGGAGUCUCAGAGGUUGUACCACAUCCAGGUGGUCGAAGAUGAGACCACCCCUGACAGCGAUGGCCUCCUUCUCAUCAGCGUUGCCCACUGCAUCUGUGAUGGAGCCUCGGUCGAAGUGCUCAUAUGCGACAUAGCCAGACGGUACGCGGGCUUGGAACCUCUGCAGAGGCAAAGCAUCUUCGACGCAGUCCUUGAGUGUUACUCCAACGUGGACCCCAACACAGACGACCAGUGGCGAGAAUCGUUGAAGGGCUGGGAGAUCGAGCCCUUUGGUACACUGAGCGGCAAUAAUGUGCACGGCAACAAGUCCAAAUCUGCUUCGGACUGCGCAGUGGUACAGUACCAGAGUAAUCUUCCAUGGCAAGUCCUCGAGGAUAAGAGCAGAGCCCUGGGUGCCGGUGCGUCCCCACUGGCUAUUCUCCAAGCCUCCUGGUCCCUACUUCUACAUAUGUUCUCCGAGGCAGACACGGAGGACAUCACCUUCGGCAGCGUUGUCUCAGGUCACCUUUCUACCACGACACAUGCGCCGAAUUUCUCUGUCGUGCCCUGCCGCGUUGCCUUGCCCGAGACUCAGACCAUCAGCCAGCUGGUCGACGGGCUCACUAAGCACGGGAAGUUUGCUCUGGGACACCGGCACCUGUCAUGGGGCGUCUUUGAGACGCUGCCGUACAAUACUGCCCUGGCUCUGCAGGCAUACCCGGUCGAAGACGGUGGCCUCGAGGAUGAUGACUCUCAAAUCCCGUGGACUGAAGUCCGACACCCAGUCAUUCGCUACGACUUCCCCAUUUUCGUUGAAGUGUUUCCAAAUGAUCCCUCGUCACCCAACCGCAGCCAAUUCACCAACUUGACCUUCAAGCUCACGUACCGUGAGGAAACGCUUUCAGAGCUCUCGGCGAGCUGCAUCGUGAAGCAACUGGCUGCUCUCACGCAGACCAUUCUCUGCUCAUCUCCUGAUGAUGCGAUCUCUGGACUGCCGGCGCGUCUGCCAAGAAGCCUCUUAUCUGCUGAGGGAACAAUUCCCGAGGCAAAUGCCAAAACCAACGAAGACGAAAAGCAUCUGGAAAUACUCCAUGGGCAAUUCGAGGCUCAGGCGAAAGCCACCCCUUCGCGUCUCGCCUUGACCUUUUAUAGCUCCCUGGACUCGCCUCCCACGUCGCUCUCCUACGCAGAGCUUGACUCUCUUGCCAAUGGCCUGGCGUACCUUCUUCGCGAGGAGAACGUCGACGUCAUCCCACUGUGUAUUGAGCGCAGUGUCGACCUUUACGUCGCCGUACUGGCGGUUCUGAAGGCUGGAUCUGCCUGGUGCCCCGUCGACCUGACUUCUCCCGUGGCGAGACGGACGUCUCUCAUCGCUAGAACCGAGAGCAAGGUGUUGCUGACGAACACCGAGUCUUGGAGCUUGGUAGAGCCUUGUCUUUCUAGCGAGAGCUUGAAGGGCAUGCGCGUUAUCCUCGUGGACCAACACACCAAGUCAGAACCAGUCAAGCCGAAGCCGCGAGAGGGAAUCCAGUCAGGUGCCCUGAGUGGGCAGGAUCUGGCAUAUCUCCUGUGGACAUCUGGCACGACGGGUGAGCCCAAGGGCGUCAUGAUCCAGCACAGUGCUGCGGCGCAGGCUAUGCAAGACCUCCAGGUUCAAGUCGAGCACGACCCCAAGGUCGAACAAGUGCGCACACUGCAGCUCUCGGCUUACUCCUUCGACGUCUUCGUGCAGGACCUCUUCUACACAUGGGGCCUUAGCGGUAGCGUCAUCAGUGGCACGCGGGAGCUCGUCCUGGGCUCCUUUACCGAGUUCAUCUGGAAGGCCAGCCCCACGCACGCCCACCUCACCCCCAGCUUCGGCGCUAGUAUCGCCGUCGAGGAGAUCCGGGGCAGCUCGCUGCAGUACGUGACCUUCAUCGGCGAGAAGCUGACUGAGGAUGUCGCCGAGGCCUGGGCCGCCCCUGGCAUCACCACACGUGCGUACAACACCUAUGGCCCUGCUGAAAACGCCGUCGUGUCCACCAUGCGACAGUUCUUCGGAAAGAGCAGGGACCAGGCCAAGGCUGCCAACGUGGGAUUCCCUCUCACUCCAUGCACGGCAUAUGUCGUACACCAAGUGCCGGUACCUGGGUCAGAUGAUAAGCGCUGGGAGCUCGUACCACGGUACGGAGUCGGCGAGCUGGCCCUGGGUGGAGCGCAGGUGGCAAAGGGCUACCUCAACAACCCGGCCAAGACGGGCUCCCAGUUCAUCCAAGGCGGGCCCGGGAUCGACGAGCGCAUUUACCUCACCGGUGAUAUGGUUCGUCUCAAUGAUCACGGGUUUGAGUUCCUUGGCAGAAACGAUGACCUUGUCAAGAUCACGGGUAUCCGCAUCGAGUUGAGCGAGAUCAGCGCCGCCUGCGCGAGCAUCAAGGACGAGGAUGAUGCCAUCGAGCACGUCGAGACUCUUUAUCUCCCGCGCCCGGACAGAGAAAGUGCCGACCACAAGGUCGUUGUCACCUUUGUCUCCGUGAAGAAGGAGGGCGUCGACACGAACGCCAUCCAGGCGCAGGUCUUCAAGAGGGCCAGAGACAUGCUCCCCUCGUACAUGGUGCCUGGACACGUCGUCGUUCUGAGCACGACCAUGCCGAGAACCGCAUCGAACAAGGUCGACCGAAAGGAGCUGCAGGCCAUCUACAAGAGCUCGGAUCUCCAGGCUCUGGCGGGAGGUGCCGCAGCUGGAGACACCGACGGCCAGUCGGCCGAGAAGCAGCAAUGGACAGAUGCACAACGUGACGUGCUCCAGGUUCUCGCCGACAACUUAAAGGUGGAUAUCGGGCCUCUCUCCCCUGGCGACAGUCUGGCCGGCUUGGGUGUCAGUUCCCUCCAGAUCACCAAGCUGGCCUGGUCUCUGAGACGUCAGCUCUCUGUCCAAGUUGGCGUGCUCGACUUGAUGAGGUGCGAGUUCCUUGGCGAACUGGUUGACAUCGUCCUCAGCAAACAAAAGGGAAGCUCGAACAAGGCGGGCAAAGAGGCCAACUCGAAUGGAGCUUCAACUGUGAAAGCACCUGAAAAGUCGUGGGUGGCUGCCACAGGCGAUCUUCUGACAAAGAAUCUGCGUGGUGACACGCUCCCACCAAACAGCUUCCUUUUGCCCGCGACUCCAAUGCAGGAGUCCCUCAUCUUCGAGACAAUGCGCGAGCCAAGAGCCUACUGGGCCCACCGAGUGUUUGCUCUUAGCCAUCUGGAUACGCUAGACGGCGAGCGCCUGAAGGCGGCUUGGACUGCAGCCGCCAGCACGUUCGACAUUCUUCGCACCAGUUUCAUUCCUCUCGCCCAGCUGGACGCUGUCGUGGAAGGAGAAGGCCAGUCUUCCAACGGCGUCUCAUGGGCCCGUCAACGGGGGCUGCAGGCCACCAUCCUUCAAGUCGUGCGAAAAGAGGUAGCAAUUCGCUGGAAGUGGCUGUCAAGUGGCGAGGACCAGAAUCUGGCGAGGUGGGCCAAGGAACCAGAGCUGACCGAGUUGACGCCCACGUCCUCCCCUUGGGCUGUCACAGUCGCGGAGAAGGAUCGCAAGAUGAUGCUGAGUGUGCAUCACUCUCUCUAUGACCACGAUUCGUCUGAAACCGUCCUCAACGCAGUCGCCAAGUUCUACCAACAGAACACUGCCGUUCAUGACGACGUGGUGCAGUUCUCUAGAGGAAUGGAACUCGGUCUGCUGCCCACCACCGCCCAGAGAGACGAGGCCGCCUCUUUCUGGACCGAGCGUCUGGCUGGUCUUAGGGAGACGGCAGGAGCCCUGAAUGCACCCUUCCCAGACCUUACGCAGUCCAGGCAAAAACAGGAACAGAGGAUCAUCGGAGUGAAGAGGGCGGUUCCUGACGUCCUCGCCUCUAGCCCCCCAACCGCUCUUCCAAUUCUGUUCCAGUCAGCCUUCGGUUGCGUCCUUGCAUCUUACCUCGAGCUCAAGGCCGUCGUCUUCGGCCAGACAGUCUCUCAGAGACUGGUUCAUCCGGACCUUGCCAGUGUAGUUGGACCCGCCAUAGCUACCCUUCCCUUGGCUGUCCGGGCCGAUGCCCACUCAGCUGAGGAACUGUGGGCCGAGAUGGCUCGCGACUCUUCCAACCUUUUCCGUGUCACCCACCACCUGCACCCCGUGGACAUCAAGAGACUCCUCAAUGAGGGUACUGGAAGCGGCGAUGCGCCUUUCGCUGGUGUCUUUGUCUAUCACCCGUCGUCGAGUGAUGAUGAAGACAGUGGUGCCGUCGCUGAGCAGCAGCUGUUCCGAGAGGCAGGGCAGGCUCUGUCACUCAACGUGGAGCACCCUCUUGCCUUCAAUGUCUUCGAGGGAGACGGUACAAUGGAGCUCACUGGUGACGCGAGGCGUGUCUCUCGGGCGCAGCUGGAAGUCAUGCUGGACCAGAUCAUUGACCAGGCCAGGGUCAUGAAGCAAUCCCCACGGCUCCCUCUCAGCCAGCUGCAAAAUAAAUUGGACCGCCGUCUUGUGUCUGUUAGUGGUGAAAUCAAUGAGAUCACACCAAGCUCAGGCUUUGACCCAACCGAAAGCGUCGCCCAGCACGCAGUGCAGCAUCCAGAUUGGAUAGCAGCAGAGGAGGUACACACCAGCGACGAUCCUGACGAGGACGAGGACGCAAUGUCUACCAAGACCGUCACAUAUGCCCAGCUGGACAAGCUCACCAAUGCCAUCGCCUCCCAGCUGGCAUCGCACGAGGUCGGUCUUCAACAGGACGACAUCAUCGCUUUGUACUUGGGCAGGGACAUCAAGUCGCUCGCGGCAACUCUGGCCAUCUUCCGCACGGGCUACAUCUACCUCCCCGUAGACGAAGACUUGCCCCUCGCACGAAAGCAACUGCUGAUCCGGGAUGCGGCCGCGAAGCUCGUCAUCACCACCGAGGAGCUCGCAAAGGAUUUGGACAUGGAUCACGAUGAUCCUCCCGCUUUGCUGCUUCCCGAGGGUGACGGAGACGUGGAUCUCAUACUCCAGCAGCAGCAAUCGCCUCAGCCUCUGUCUGCAAGCGGCCAUGGACACGGAGGUUACCUGCUCUACACCUCAGGCUCGACAGGUCGGCCCAAGGGCGUGCGCGUGUCCAACCGCAACCUGUGCCAUUUCAUCUCCUCCUUUUCUCUGCGCAUGAACGAGCCCGCAUCACCAACGGCCGAGCCUGAGCAACUCGGUGGCCGCGGCAAGUAUCUCAACCUCACGUCCAGGGCCUUUGACCCGCACCUCACCCAACUCUUCGUGCCCUGGCACCUGGGGUACCGCGUCGUCAUUGGCGACCGAACCGCGCUGCUGGGCAAUCUCCAACACGCCAUCAACGAGCUUGGCAUCACGCACUUCGGCAGCGUGCCCUCUGUGCUGACGCAGCUGCGGCUCCGGCCCGAGGACGUGCCGUCCGUGAGGGUGGUUACGACGGGCGGUGAGAAGGCAUCCAACGAGCUGUUGGACACAUGGACAAGCCCAGCGUCUGGAAAGAACGAAGGAACCCCAAGUGCCAAGCUGAUCAACUUCUACGGCCCAACCGAGGUCACGAUCGGCUGCCUGGGCCAUAUCGUGAACCGUAACUCCAACGCCCGAAAUCUCGGCCUGCCGCUCAAGGGCCUCCAAGCACUGUUGCUGGCCCCCAGCGGAGAGAACGGCGAGCAAGUCGUCGCCAGGAGGGGCCAGCCCGGCGAGCUCUGCAUCGCCGGUCCCCAGGUGGCCCUGGGCUAUCUGAACAGGCCAGACGAGAACGCCAAGAGCUUCCAGACAACCUCGCUGCUGGGUGAUACCGAAACAAAAAUCUACAGGACCGGCGACGUCAUGAGGAUGAUGCACGACGGUAGCCUUGAGUUCCUGGGCAGGGCCGACCAGCAGGCCAAGAUCCGCGGCCAGAGGCUCGAGCUGGACGAGGUUGUGUCGUUCCUGAAGGAACAGGCCGCCGACGAGGGCGAGCUAGACUUCGCCGCCGCGGUCGUCGCCGGUGAGGGUAACCAGCAACAGCUCUUCGGAUUUAUUGCGCGCAAGGCUCGCCUCAGGAGCGAGAUGACCGCCGAGGUCGAGCUGCUUCAAAACCCGGGCCAGGCAUUGACUUUGCUACUGGAGAGCCUGGGGCAGAAAUGCGAGGCCAAGUUGCCAGCUUUCAUGGUGCCCAAGCUUCUCUGGGUCUCGAGGAUUCCAUACCUGGCCGCCUCGGGCAAGGUCGACACCAAGCUCUUGGCCAAGCUUGCAAAUGACUUCUUCGCGUCCCAAGAUGCCAAUAGUGAGGCUUCUGACGACUCAGGAGUCGACGUCGCUGCAAGCACUUUGAACGCCGAGGAGUCUCUUGUCGUCGCAGCUGUGGAGGAGGUUGUGGGCCACAAGAUCAACGGCAAGGCAACCAGCAGCAUUCGGCUGAGCAUUGACAGCCUGUCUGCCGUUCAUCUGGUCGCUCUUCUGAAGAAGCGUGGCUUCUCUAAACAAGCUACCUCAGCAAGCAAUAGGCUUGAAGAAGUCAAUGCACUCAACCUCAGCACGGCAUUCCCCGGCCAGAUCUCGGCAGGCCUGGCCCAUGAUAAUGUCGAAGCAGUGUUGCCGUGCCUUCCCCUGCAAGCGGCCCUGGUCGCCCGGUCCAUGGUUUGGAUGAGCGCCCAUGACGAUGAAUCGGCUCCAUCUUCCGAGUCUACAGUCGUCCCGUAUGUGGCACAGUUCAAUUACCGACUUUAUACUGGGACAGACUUGGUCAAGUGGCAGAAGGCUGCAGAGCAGGUCGUCGCGACCGAGGCCGUGCUGAGAGCUUGUUUCGUGCAACGGGAGGACGACGGUGCGGUUUUCCAGGUCGUGCUUCGUUCUCCUCUUUCUUCGCCAUUUGACACGCAAGGGGAGGAGCCAGUUGACAUAGUGGCCAAGAUGGGCACAAGACCACCCAUCAGAUUCCAUUUGAAGCAGCAAGGUGGCGAGGCCUUUGUCUCGUUGAGGAUCCAUCACGCAUUGUUUGAUGGCGUCGCCAUUGCUGUGCUAAUCAAGAGGGUUGAGCAGAUCUAUGACGGGGUUGCGGGCCAAGACAAUGUGGUCACCGCCAAUAAGAGUCUCGACGUUCUUACAAGAGUCUCUGCUCACUGCUACCUCUCACCCACACAGCUGGAUGCCACGAAGGGCCUGUGGCAAAAGAAGUUGGGAGGCGUUCGGCCGUGCCAUCUCGGGUCCAUUGACGACACCAAGGGAACCGUUCGCUCUAGUCGAACUCUUCCCUGGACCUUGUCCCAGAUCAGGGACAAGUUGAACUCACAGCCUGCCAUCGUGUCCGCCUCUUCAGCGUUCCAGGUGGCGACAGCCCUUUGCCUGUCUCAGCUCACCAAGCAGACAACCUCGGUGGUGUAUGGUUUUGUCAUGUCACUUCGCCCCCUGCUUGACCACGUUGCCGAUGGUGGCGUGGACGACUUCCUCGGUCCAUGCCUCAACACCCUCGUGCAGGCUUUCAGCCUCAAGAAGGACGAGCCAUUGCAUGAGUUCGCCCAGAGGGUCCACCAGGCUCACGUCGACACCUGCCAGGGAACCAUGCCCCUCGUGAGUGUGGAGAAAGUGCAGCGCUGGGCCGGGUCGGAGGACAAGCUGUUUGACAGCCUGCUCAGCAUCAACGUCCUUCCCUCUGCAGAUGCUUCAGAGCCUCUCCCUGGGCGCAUGAGUGCUCUGCAGACCGAGAGCAGGAGUGACUUGGCCUUGGCCUUCGACGUUGACCUGCACCAUAGUGGCAAGAUUGUCUUGACGCUUUCUUCGGCCGGCGUCUUGGCCGAGUCAGACCUGGAGCAGGUCGGGCAGCUCUUUGAGAAGGCCGUGGGCACAUGUGCCUCCUCUGAGAAGGAGGCCAGAGUGGGAGAUCUGUUGUCUGCUGAUGUUGACACGACCGUUACUGCGGAGAUCGCAUCCAGCAUCGAAGACGACCACAGUGACUCGGAUGCCGAAUUCGGUGCAGCCUUGGCCAGCGUACGGAACAUUCUUAGCCGCCUACUCCGCGUGAAUCCGUCUGAGAUCAGCAAGGAUAAGACGACCUCUCUGUACCAGAUUGGCUUGGACUCUAUCACUGUCCUCCCGCUUGUCAGACUGAUCAACAAGUCCGAGAAAGUCAAGUUGACCCCCGACGCUGUGCUGAAGGCUCGAACUAUCCACGGCACCGCGAGGCUUCUGCAGCAGGCGAGGGCCAACACCAACACUAGCACUAGGAGACCAGAACAAAACUCGACAGACGCAAACGAAGACGACGAGACAAAGUACGACAAGACCUUGGGGCGGCUCGCUAAGGACCUCCUGUUCGUAGCAACACCGCUCCAGGAGGGCAUGCUCAGCGCCUCACUGGCCACAUCGGGCAAGGCCUACACCUACAACCACACCGUUCAGCUAUCAGAGGAGGCCCUGCAGGCAGACACCAAGGACCUCGACCACUUCUUCGCCGCUGUCAAGGACACAGUUCAGGCAUGCGAGAUCCUGAGGACCAGGUUCAUCUUCACCCAGGACGACGAGGCACCAUGGGUUGGUCUCGUCUCCCCGACCGAGCAAAGCGACCUGGCCACCUGGACGGCGCUGGGCGGAGGCAGGAUUCAGUUGAAGAUCGGUCACGCCCUGUACGACGCGACUUCGAUCCAGACCGUCUGGCGUAUCUUGGGCGAGAACUACAAGAGGCGCCUGAGCGGCCAACAGGUCACGGAUGCCGAGAUCGAGGCUCGCCAACGACAUGAGUUCCGGCCGUUCGCAAAGGCGGUUUCUACAAUGCAGAGGACGUCUGUGGACUUCUGGGUCAACCUGCUGCGUGGCUACCGCUACACUCCCCUCGAAUUCCCCGAAAGCCUGUCGGCAUCAUACGCUUUCCACUUCACCGUGACAGAACAGGAGCUGUCCCUGCUCCAGACAAGGUGCAAGGCUGCCGGCGUGACGACCAAGACGGUGCUCAUGCUCGCCUGGGCGAAGAUUCUCUCCGAGUUCGUGUACGGACAGCCCGACGUCGUCUACGGACAAGUCAUCUCAAGCGGGCACGACGUUGAGACUGUCGUGGGUCCCACUAUCAACACAGUGCCCAUGAGGGUCACCCUUGACAAGGCACACAGCGUGGCCGACGGACUUGCCCAGGUCCAGAGGCUGAGCGACGAGGCCCUGGGAUCAAAUGCGAUGGCGUCUCUGAGGAAGGUCCAGACGCUAUGGCGAUCAUCGGCAGGUAGAGAUGAGGAUCUUCCUGCAAGCCUGUUCCAGAGCCUGUUCGUUUUCGACGGUGUCGUGGGCCACAACCCGGACAAUGAAGAAGCUGGCAACUUGGCAUCCCCAUUCAAGCCAGUUCAUGAACAAAACAGCACCGGCGACGAUCAGCCAGCGUAUGAUGAUUACGAUCUGAUUACCAGCUUCCGGAUCGAGAACAACACACUCCGCGGCAAGCUGAGGGCGAGAUUGACUAAUGAGGAGGUGGAUGUCCUGGGAAGUCACCUGGAGGCUGCAGUGAGAUCGAUAAUUUCGGACGACCUGCAGAAGCCGGCGCUCGAUGUUAGCCGCAUGGAGAGCACAAAGAAGAGGAUUGCCGCCCCCGAGACAAAAGUAGCGGCCAGCCAAUCCGAGGUCCAUACCUCGACGUCAAACGCCGAUGCCGUGUUGGAAGUAGUUAAGAGCGUGCUCGGGAAGGGAAGCAAGGGAAAGGAUAUUGGCUACAACACGAGGCUCAUCAACGUGGGCCUGGACUCUAUCCUGGCCAUCCGUCUUUCAAGCCUGUUGAGGAAGCGGUUGCGGAUGACCGUGAGCGUCUUCCAGAUCAUGAAGGGCGCGAGCGUCCACGACAUUGUCGUCGCGAACUCGACACAAGCUUCGGCCACGGAUAGACAGCUGGAGGACGGCAGCAAGACCGUGCAGCCAGCAACUAGGCCGCGGGCGUUCACUUUGCGCCAGCAGGCCAAGCUGAUGUCCGAGGCGGCCCAGAGGCUCGGGCUGGGAGAGGACCUUGUGCAGUCCGUCCUUCCCGCUCUGCCAGGCCAGCGUUCGCACCUGGAACAGUGGCUGUACAACGGAAAGAGGUUCUUCGAGGCCCCAUGGGUUUACCGAGUCGGCGAUUCCUUAGAGAAGCAGACGGUGGAGAGUUCCUGGGCACAGCUUUGCCGAACUCACGAGGUCCUCAGGACUACCUUCGUGCGAACGGAUGUAGCGGAUGCAGGGCUUGUCCAAGUUACCUUGGGCGAGAAAUGGUCGCCAUCGGGAGGCUUCACGGCGCUUCAGGACUCGACCAAGCCCAUUGAGGCUCUUGUCGAGGACUACGUUCGCGAAGACAACAACAAGGCAUCUGACCUGAGGCAGCCCCCUUCCCGCCUCACUCUGCUGGAAGGUUCCGACGGCAAGGCCGUCGUGCUCCGGCUCCACCACGCGCUGUACGACGCAUGGAGCAUCAAGAUGAUCAUCAAGGAUCUUGACCAGCUCCUGGCCGGUGGCGACGUGCAGCGUCGCACGCAGCUCAGCGACGUAGUCCGCCAGGUCAUGGCAAUCAGGGAGCCCGGCGCGGAGGACUCGUACUGGAAGAGCCACUUGAUGCAUGCUCAGGACACCCUGCUGGGUGUCCAGGCUGAUCCAGCCUCCACGUCUCCAUUGGGUCCUCACUUCCAGGUGAGAAGCCAAGAUGUCAUCCCACAAGCCACCGUCGACAAGCUCUUGCAGACCGCCGGCAAGGCGGACACCUCGGCGGCUAUCAUUCUCGCGUAUGCCAGGACGCUCCAGCAGUUCACCGGGCGCUCGCGGCCAACCUUUGGCGUCAACCACGCCGCUCGCUCGCUGUCCUCAGCAGACGAGGCCCAGACCCUGGACCUGACCGACGCCAACGCCCCGACCAUGACCACGACGCCCUUCAGCCUGGACCUCGGCGAGGCGUCAACACCCGCCACCGACAAGGACCUGGUCGACUUCGUGCAGGGCCACCUGGCACACCUGACCAAGUUCGCACAAUCGGACGGCGCGCAGGGGUUCAGCCCCAGGUUCAACGCCCACAUCAACAUCCUCUACCCAGGAGACGCCGCCGACAGCGAGGGAGGGGACCAGGCCACCGGCGACGCCGGGCUGGCGGUCCUCCAGAGGCACAGGCUCGACGAGGGACUCGCCUCGGAGUAUUUCACCGUCACGCGGCCGUCGGCGAAGGCCGCCUCGACGAUCGAGUGGCUCGAGACGGGCCACCUGAGCCCGCACAGGUUCUUCUUCAACGUCACCGUGCGCGACGGCGGGGUCAGCGUGGCGGCAAGCGGGGACGAGGCUCUGUUUGGUGGGGACCGGGCGGCGGUCACGAGCGUGGUGGACGGUUUUGCGGCCGAGCUGACGAGGAUCCUCGAGCGCGCUUAG